AUGGAUCAAUUGAAACAUCCAACAGAUAUGAUUGUUGAUGAACAAAAUCAUUCGAUAAUAAUUGCUGAUUAUGGAAAUAGACGAAUAGUUCAUUGGUUGAAUCGAAAUCAACAAAUUCUAAUUGAGCAUAUUGACUGCUUCGGCUUGGUAAUGGAUAAACAUGGAUUUCUUAACGUUUCUGAUUGGAAGAAGAAUGAAGUAAAACGAUGGAAAAUGGGUGAAUACAACAAUCAAGGAGUUGUAGUAGCAGGUGGAAAUGGUGAAGGAGAUCAACUCAAUCAACUUAAUUGGCCUAGUUUUAUCUUUGUUGAUGAACAUGAAUCUGUUUAUGUUUCAGAUCGAGACAACCAUCGUGUCAUAAAAUGGAUAAAGGAUGCAAAAGAAGGAAGAAUCGUAGCUGGAGGCAAUGGUGAAGGAAGAAAUCUCAAUCAAUUGUCUUAUCCUCAAGGAGUAGUUGUUGACCAUUUCGGUCAAAUCUAUGUGGCAGAUUGUUGGAAUAAUCGAGUAAUGCGUUGGUGUGAAGGAAAAGAAGAAGGUGAAAUUGUUGUUGGUGGAAAUGGUGAAGGAAAACAAUCAAAUCAAUUGAAUCGUCCCAUAGGCUUAUCUUUCGAUGAUGAAGGAAAUCUUUAUGUUGCUGAUAGUACCAACUGUCGAAUUGAAAAAUUUGAAAUAAUUUUGUGA